GUCUACCCUUUACUGGAAGAAACACGGGCGAGUUUGAGCUCGAGUCUGGAAAAUAUUUCUACACUGCCUUUCGCCAAGGUUACUGAUUUUGUGGAAUGCAAGAGAAGUGGGAACAAAUAUGCUGUUAAGGCCAGUCGGUGGAGCAAUGAAUCCAAUGCUCGUGGCAAGGAAACUUACAAAACUUUGCCUGGAGAUAUCUUGAUUCUAACUGAUGCUAAGCCGACAACCGUUCCUGACUUGGAGAGGUAUGGAAGAAGAUGGGCAUUCGCAUCAGUAAGGAUGAUCGGAGGGGAUGAUGAAGAGGAUGAGGCAGCAUCAUCCACAAACUUUAAAGUGAAGGCAUUAUUGGACCAUGAAGUAAAUAGUUCCUGGAAGCCAAUGUAUGCUGUUUUUCUGAUAAAUAUAUCCACUAACAGUAGGAUAUGGAACGCGUUGCAUAUGUCUCUGAACUUGGAUAUUGUGAAGGAAGUUCUCUGCACAGAUUUGGUGGCUAAUAAAGCUUCCAAUCUCUGUAUUACAAAAGGUGAUGGUUCUGGGAGUGAGGGCCUUGACGAGAGAGUGUGCCAUGAUCUGAAUGAAUCCCAAAUAAAAGCAGUUGCGGCCUGUCUCAAUAAACUCCAAUGUGAGAACAAGCCUUCUGUCGAACUGAUAUGGGGUCCUCCUGGAACUGGGAAAACUAAAACUCUCGCUACACUGCUAUUUACUCUCUUGAAAAGGAAAUAUAGAACCAUUGUUUGUGCUCCUACAAAUGUUGCCAUCAAGGAAGUGGCAUAUCGUGUUUUAAAGCUGCUAAAGGAAUCAGAUAGUGGUAUAAGCACUGAAAGGGAAAGUUUGCUCUGUUACUUAGGAGAUGUGCUUAUUUUUGGGAACAAGGAGCGGCUGAAAGUUGAUUGGGACAUUGAAGAAAUAUACUUGGAACACCGUGUAGUUUGUGUUGCUGAGUGCUUUUCUAAGGUCACUGGUUGGUUUCAAUGUCUAACUUCCAUGAUAGAUACCCUUGCCGACUGUGUGCGUCAAUACCAAAUAUUUUUGGAAGACGAACGCACAAAAAGAAGGAAACCAGGAAGUAGUGAUGAUGGGAGCGAAUGCGGAAGCAGUGAAGAAGAUGGUAACUGUGAGCUUAAAUCAUUUCUUGAGUUUUUCAGGGACCGAUUCAAGGCAACUGUCCAGCCCCUGCGGAGAUGCCUCUUUAUUUUCUGUACUCAUAUAUCCAGAACUAAUUUCCAGAAUAUCACAUCCCUCCUUACCUUACUUGAUUCUUUUGAAACUUUAUUAAGUGGAGAGAAGUUGGAUUCAGAGAUGAUGGAGAUAACUCUUUCAUGUGAUGAACGUAGCCUGUUUUCGUUUGAGACGUCCAUGGGUCCACUAUAUAAUUUAUAUAUGAAGAGACAGGAAUGCCUUUCCAUGUUGCUAACUGUUCGUGAUUCUCUGAAGGAUCUAAAACUUCCAAACUUCACGAGUAAGGACAUGAUUGCCGACUUCUGUUAUCAACAGGCUUCCCUGAUUUUUUGCACUGCGUCCAGUUCAUAUAAGCUGUACUCUGUGGAAAUGGAGCCUCUCAAUUUGCUGGUAAUCGAUGAGGCAGCCCAAUUGAAAGAAUGCGAGUCAGUAAUUCCUCUGCAACUCCCUGGUGCCAAGCAUCUGAUUUUAGUUGGAGAUGAGUGUCAAUUGCCUGCUAUGGUCGAAAGCAAGGUUUCUGGCAGGGCUGGUUUUGGAAGGAGUCUGUUUGAACGACUGAGUUCACUGGGUUAUUCAAGGCAACUUCUCAAUAUACAGUACCGGAUGCAUCCAUCAAUAAGUCUGUUUCCGACUUCAAACUUUUAUCAAAACCCAAUUUUGGACGGGCCAAACGUGAAGAGCACAAGUUACAGAAAAAGUCAUUUGCCAUGGCCCAUGUUUGGCCCUUACUCGUUCAUAAGUAUUCCUGAUGGACGAGAAGAAGUUGGUGAUGACGGAUUUAGUCUUAAAAACCCUGUUGAGGUGGAAGUUGUCUUGAGGAUAUUGAGGAAUCUAUACAGAGCUUGGCGUGGGUCAGAAGAAAAUCUGACAGUAGGUGUCAUAUCUCCCUAUGCAGCUCAGGUUGCUGCAGUUCAAGCUAAACUUGGAAAAAGGUAUGAAAAUAUCAAGGGCUUUUUGGUCAAGGUGAAGUCAGUGGAUGGAUUCCAAGGGGGUGAAGAAGACAUUAUUAUUAUAUCCACUGUAAGAUCAAACUUGCGCGGUACUAUUGGGUUUUUGUCUAAUACUAAGAGAACCAAUGUUGCUCUUACCAGGGCAAGGUAUUGUCUGUGGAUUGUGGGAAAUGGGGAAACACUGACAAAAAGCAAAUCUGUGUGGCAAGCUUUGGUUGACAAUGCUAAGAGUCGUGCAUGUUUCUUCAAUGUUGAUGAUGACAAGGACUUGGCUAAUGCCAUUUUAUAUGUGAAGAAAGCGAAUAAUCGGCUUGAUGAUCUGCUUGACAGAAGCAGUGUACUUUUCAGAAAUGCAAUAUGGAAGGUUCUUUUCAGUGACAACUUCCUGAAGUCUUUCAGAAAGCUGACAUCACUAAGGAGAAAGAUGUCAAUCAUCAACCUUCUGUUAAAACUUUCCAGUGGCUGGAGACCUAAGAAGAGGAAUGUGGAUAUAUAUUGUGAACACUCAUCUCACACAGUGAGACAAUUUAAGGCUGAUGGUCUCUAUGUCCUAUGCACGAUUGAUAUUGUAAAGGCACUGAGAUACAUUCAAAUCCUGAAGAUUUGGGAUGUAUUGCCUUUAGAGGAUGUGGCAAAAUUGGUCAAACGUCUGGACAGCAUAUUCGAGACGUAUAGUGAUGAUUUUAUUAGUCGUUGCAACGAAAAAUGCGUUGCGGGGGAUCGGGAAGUUCCAAAGACCUGGGACUGUCCUUUUGAUAUUGUCCGCUAUCGAAAUCCCAGUGAAGAUCAAUUUGGGAGUAGUUCUGAUGCUGAUGCUUCAGAUCGGAGGUUGUAUGCAGAGAAUGCGAAAGUGAGCGAGAGUUUGCUUCUGAUGAAAUUUUACUCCUUAUCAUCAGAUGUUAUCAGCCAUUUGCUCGAUGACAGUGAUGGUAACAAAGUGAGUCUUCCAUUUGAAGUAACAGAGCAAGAACAAGAGAUAAUUCUUUUCCCCAGAAGCACUUUUAUACUUGGGCGAUCUGGAACUGGAAAAACUACAGUCCUGACAAUGAAGUUGUUUAGGAACGAGAAACUGCAUGAUGAAGCAACGAAGGGAUUUCAGACAAACCAAAGUGUUGUCAGCAACAGCAAAGAUGCCUCCCUGGAAAUCAAUGUUGAGGAAAUCGUUGAUGGAACAGAGGAUUGUGUAUUGCGCCAGCUUUUUGUGACCGUCAGUGCAAAAUUAUGUUUUGCAGUCAAACAACAUUUAUCUCAACUUAGAAGCUCCAGCAUUGGUGCAAAACAUAGAGCACAAAGCUCUUCAGUUGAUGAGAUUGUUGAUGAUGCAGCGUUAUUCAAGGAUAUCCCAGAUUCGUUUGUUGACAUGUCUCCAGGCUUUUUUCCCCUUAUCAUAACUUUUCGUAAGCUUCUGAUGAUGCUAGAUGGAACUAUCGGGAUUUCAUUCUUUGAAAGGUUCCCUGAUCUAAGGGAGGUUUCUCACAGCCGAUCCUGCAAUUCUAGACCAGUUGCCUUACAAAGUCUUGUUAGAGCAAAGGAGGUUUCUUACGAAAAGUUUUGUGCAGUCUAUUGGCCUCACUUUAAUGACAAGCUAAGGAGGAGACUUGAUCCUUCCAGAGUCUUUACUGAAAUAAUGUCCCACAUAAAGGGUGGUCUUCAACCAGCGGAUGGUUGUAAAGGCAAACUUGAGAGACUUGCUUAUGUUUCACUUUCGGAGAGUCGUGUCUCCACUCUGAGUGCUCAGAGAAGAGAAGAAAUUUAUGAUGUUUUUGAGGAUUAUGAGAAGAUGAAAAUGGCAAAUGGUGAAUUUGAUUUAGCCGAUCUAGUCAGUGAUCUUCAUCGCCGUCUUUUUCGUGAACAGUUUACUGGUAACGUGGUGGAUUUUGUAUAUAUUGAUGAAGUGCAGGAUCUCACCGUGAGGCAAAUUUCACUGUUCAAAUAUAUCUGUAGAAAUGUUGAGGAUGGCUUUGUGUUUUCGGGUGACACUGCACAAACUAUUGCAAGGGGAAUAGACUUCAGGUUUGAAGACAUAAGGUCCCUUUUCUACAAGGAGUUCUUGAUAGAUUCAAAGGAUGGACCUGAUAUCAGAAUGGAAAAGGGAAGUCUUUCCAAAACUUUCCAUUUGAGCCAGAACUUCCGCACUCAUGCUGGUAUACUCAAGCUGGCGCAGAGCGUUGUUGACCUUCUUUACCGUUUUUUUCCUUUAUCCGUUGAUGCUUUGAGCCCCGAAACUAGCUUUAUAUGUGGGGAAGCCCCGAUUUUACUUGAAUCAGAGAAUGGUGAAAGUGCCAUACUGUCAAUUUUUGGGUACAGUAAUGUUAGUGGUAAUUUCGUUGGCUUCGGAGCAGAGCAGGUUAUUUUGGUUCGAGAUGAUCAUUCUCGAAAUGAAGUUUCAAACCUUGUGAGGGGGCAAGCCCUAGUUCUGACUAUAGUGGAGUGCAAGGGGCUAGAAUUUCAGGACGUCUUACUGUACAACUUUUUUGGCACGUCACCUCUGAAAAGUCAAUGGAGGGUCAUUUAUGCCUACAUGAAGGAGCAAGAUUUGCUCGAUAACAGCUCUCAAUGGUCUUCCCCGAGUUUCGAUGACUCGAAGCACAAUAUACUAUGCUCUGAAUUGAAGCAACUGUAUGUUGCUGUUACUCGGACAAGGCAAAGAUUGUGGAUUUGUGAGAAUGCCCUGGAGUUCUCCAAACCAAUGUUUGACUACUGGAAGAAGAAGUGCCUUAUUCAAGUUAGGUUGGUAGAUCAUGCCCUUGCAGAAGCAAUGAAGGUCAGGAGCACCCCAGAGGAGUGGAAGUCACAAGGUUUUAAGCUCUUACGUGAGGGUAAUUACCCAAUGGCAAUAAUGUGCUUUGAACGAGCAAGGUACACAUAUGGGGAGAAAUUGGCUAAGGCCUCUGCUUUGAAAGCAGAUGCAGAUCUCAAGCACGUUUUAAGUCCACGGGAGGCUUCUGACCUUCGAAGGCAGGCUGCUGAGAUUUAUGAAGCAAUUGGAGUGGCCGACUCUGCAGCGGAGUGUUUCUACAUGUUGAAGGAAUACGAGAAAGCAGGUAGAAUAUACAUGGAAAAAUUUGGAGAAUCUGCUUUGGAAAAAGCUGGAGAGUGCUUUUCUCUAGCUGGGAGCUACAGUCUUGCAGCGAAGGCGUAUGCAAGGGGAAAUAUUUUCUCAAAGUGCUUGUCCAUUUGUGCCAAAGGAAAACUCUUUGAAGUGGGUCUGCAAUACAUUGAGGAUUGGAAAAGUCAGGGAAAUGAGAAUAGCGGAGUAGUAAAGAAAAGUAAAGAAAUAGAGAAAUUGGAACAAGACUUUUUAGAGAGUUGUGCCCUUCAUUACUAUGACCUCAGAGACUACAGGGCCAUGAUGAAGUAUAUGAAGGCUUUUCACUGCAUCGACUCAAUGCGAAACUUACUCAAGAGGCUGGGAUGCCUCGAUGAACUUAUCAGUCUGGAGGAAGACCAUGGUAACUUUUCGGAGGCGGCAAAGAUUGCGAGGAUGAAAGGUGAUAUCCUUCGUGAGGUUGAUCUACUUGUAAAGAACGGACAAAACAAGGAAGCGUCGAUGAAUAUCCUGUGGUACGUGUUUUUCUAUUCCCUUUGGGCUCCUGGAAGCAAAGGUUGUCCCUUGAAGCCGUUUGCACAAAAGGAGGAGCUGGUAGCAAAAGCCAAACAUCUCGCGAAGCGCGAGCCUAUUGCCUUCUAUGAAUUUGUUUCUGUAGAAUCAAGCAUUCUGUUAAAUAGACAGAGCAGUUUGGCUGAAAUGAAAGAACGUUUGAGUGCAUCCAUGAGAAAUGAAAGUAUCAGAGGUGAAAUACUAUGCGCUCGAAAUAUUUUGGACUUCCAUCUCUGUCAAAAUAUCUCAAAUUUUUGUUGGGAAUACGAUUGGCUGGUCAACCCAAUGGCGUAUUCUGAACAACAGAUCUUGAGGAAUCAGAUUUCCAUCGACUCAUUGGUCUGCUUUUGGAAUCUUUGGAGAGAUAAGAUUGUUAGAAUUAUAAAGUGUGUAGGAUGUGCGGAGUUGCUGGAGGAAAAGGAAAAUAGGUGCUGUUGGGAGUUCUGUUUGAAUUACUUUGGUGUUCUGGAGCAACGGAACAACUUGCGGGGAACUUACGACCUACUAAACCCAGAUGCUGAUUGGGUCAGAAACAUAGAUAAACGAUUUCUUCGAAAAAAUGGACUCUUGGUUGCUUUGGAGCUUCAACAAUUGGUCUCUGCUGCUAAAAAAUAUUGGUAUUCCGAGCUUACUUCUGUUGGUAUGGAGCUCCUGCACAAAUUGGAUGCACUUUAUCAGUUUUCCUCAAAGAGUUCUCUGUCGAACUUCUGUCAAAGCAGAUGUCUUGCUCUUUUACAUGAGGUUUCGAAGUUCCUUCAAGAACUCAAUUUUCUGAAUAACUCUUUCCAGUAUGGUAGGACACUGAAGGGUUUCAUUGAAACAUCCAGUAGGAGGUACUUUGGUCACAUAUUUCCUCUUGACUGGCGAAUAUCAUCGACAGAGAGUAUGAUAUAUGUAAGAGGAAGUGAGGCUUCUCGUCAUCUACUGAGAGAAAUGAUGAACAUGAUAAUUUUGAAUAAGCAUUUUUCACAUGGGAAGAUGGGUGAGCUUGCAACUUUGGUUCUUGGGUCUGGAAUGCUCGACGAUAAGUUGUACAGGAAAAUUGCAGAAUCUUUUGAGGGAAAUACGUCAUGGAAGGCAUUUAUGGAAUGCGUGUAUCAGAAUGUACCACCAGACCUUCCUCACGCCAGCAAUAAUAGUAAGCCUGUGGAGUUGUCUUUGACUUGGAACCUUUAUCAAGCUUUGGCAGAUACUUACAAUGCCAAUUGGAGGAUUGAAAGAGACUACAUCACUCCGAAUUGCUUCUUGUAUCUCUUGGAACGACUUUUGAUUUUGCUAUCUUGCUCCAAAGGGCAAUUUUACGCAACCAAGUCUUCUCUAGUUGAAUGGCUUAUCUGCCAUGAAGGUUUAGCAAAGCCUAGCUUUACUUUCAACCUGGAAAAUUGCUUUGAGCUCAUCAUUGGGUUUGUUACUAGCACUAUUCAGCAGCUUCUUUGCAACAACAAUGAAACCAUAGAAUGGAUUAAAAGAUCGAACCUAAAUGUGGCGAAGUACUACCCACUGUUGGUCUUGAAGUUGGUUUUGUUGGUUUGUUUGCUAUACUUGAAUUUUGGCAUCAGUCCAGAUUUUCCCAUUGUUUUGCUGGGUAAGAGUUGGAUUUCGGCCCAAUUACCUCCAGAAUUUUGUCGUAUUCUUUCGCAUUGGUGGAAGCGGAACUUACAGGAAAUCUCAGUCAGCGUUUUCGCUGAAGCAUUCAAAAAAGUGGACGAUCCCCUUGUACUUACCAAUUCUGCUGCAGAUUCUUCAAACAUCUUAUGUCCCCAUGCCAUCAUUUUAGACGUGAAGUCGUACAAAUGCAAGGAAGAGAUUAUGAAAGUUUUAUUCCCCAAGGAUGGAAGCGCUGUGAGCUCUUGCAAGUUGCGAGAUCUGACCGAAGCUUCCAAUGAUUCCUCUUCAUCUUCCAACAGUGUUCCAGCAGCAGUUGUGCAUUCGGAUGGUGCAAACACGUCGCCGUUGGAGUAUGACCAAUCACAGAAAAGGUUGGAUUCAUUAGAGGCAGUAACUAAUGUGAAGGAUGGGUGGAUGGAAUAUGUCUCUACUACCUCGACGAUGAAGGUAACUCAAAGUCCUUGCACUAUUCCAUCCUGUUUUGACCGUGAAGAACACAACUCUGCCCCAGUGAACCGUACCUUGCUGGGACAAGAGUUGGGCUUAGUGAAUGAAGAAGAGCAAAGCGAAAUUGCCGAAGCUCAAAGAACCAGUGAAGUGAAGAAGGAUGCGCAGGCUUCAUCAUCUUCUUUUUCGCGGACUGGUGUUGUGGAGAACAGGAACAAGAACAAGGGAGUUCGCAAGUCCAAAGGUAAAAAAAAGAGGAAAGGAGGCAAGAAGAGAUGAAUCCUCAAGAUACAGUGCGAGUGAAAACUUUAUGCUGUUAUCAUCCACAAGCAGUCCCCAUUUUCGUAAUUACAUGUGGAACUUUUUAGUAAAAUAGUUCUUAGAGUGAAGAAGAACAGAUAUCACGACAGGAAGCUUAUUACUCUACACUUUUCCUGAAGUUCUAGCAGUGAAUAGUCAUGAAAAUUUACCAUUGCUGCUGACUAGUUUUUCUUGGUUGGAGUUUAAUGUUCCUUUUCUUUUCCUCUCUGAACAUCUAAUUCUCUCAUCCCUCGCGAUUGCUCGUAUGCAUGCAGUGAAGAAUGAGAUAGAAAAUGCAACUUGGUCUGCUUAUCUUAUGUACGAUAGAUAUUCUUGAUAGAGAAGUUUGCCUGAUUAGAGUGAAAAGACAUAAUGAUAUCCAGCCUGUGAUAGCAUAUGUCCAUAUGGGGGCGUACACAAUUCAUCAGUUCGUCCCGUUGCCGGACUAAGGGCGAUUCCAUUACCGGGGAAGUCGCCUAUUUACAGAUGGAUCAGCACAACAAUGAGCCGAAUCUGGCUCUUGAUGGAGGAUUAAGGACGACAUUACUAUGCGAUCUGAAUGGCUGCACAACUCUUGCAGUGGGUCGCCUCCUGAGCAGCUUUUAUUGUGCUAAGGGCUCGUCUCGACGGCCAUAUGGUUCUGGGCCUCGGGAUUUUGGUUAAGUGACGUCGAUACUCGAAACUCUUGGAAGUUUAGUUGUUGCACCGCUGAGAUGUAUCCCGGAAAGCAAUGCACGUACUUUGAAAUAUCUAUACUUCUCAAGGGGUCGCUCUAGGAAUAGAAUUGAGAAAACCAUUCUCGACGGGUAAUUCAUACGUGUCCGUACCAAUGUUUUCAGACGUUUGUCCAACGCUAACUUGAUAGAACAUUUCGUGGACUUCUACGUCAAGCAUAGAUACCUCUGCCUUAUCAUUUGUCUCAGUAAAGGUACUGUAGAUGUAUGUAAGGUUAAUGGGGACGAAUUUUCCUCGGCUUUGCGAAUGAGAUGUAACAUUGCCGACGCGGCUUUUCAAAAGCCGUCUGUCUAAAGAAUUCUAGGCUUUUACUAAA